AUGGACUUCUUUGACGGUCGCAACUAUAGAGUCAAUAAAAUUCUGCUAUCAGCAAUUGGCCAGUGGCCGUAUCAAUCGUCAAAGACAAGCCGCACUAUAGUUAUCGUCAUAGCGGCUAUAGCUUGUACGCAAUUUUUCACGAAGAUAUGUGGUAUGUUAUCUUAUAUUCACGACAUGGACAUCGUGAUCGAAUGCCUUAUUCCGAUUAUGGUUGAUAUAUCAGGUAUGACGAAAAUAAUGAAUUCCAUGUUAUGCGUGAAUGAGCUAAGGGCAUUGCUCGAUCGAAUACGAUGUGAUUUUCAUUCCGUAAGAAGAUCUAAAGAUAUAGAAAUUCUGCAAAAGUACGCGGACAAUGGCAAGAAAUUUUCGACUAUUUAUGUUUGUGUGAUGUUUACGCUAACGUCAGUAUUUAUGAUGAUGCCUCUCCAAGAAUUAAUUCUUCAUGUUACUAACGAGACGACCCGGCCAAUGCUGCACAGAGUCGAAUAUUACAUUGACAUGGAUAAAUAUUACUUUCCAAUUUUGAUUCACGGAUACCUUACCGUUGUGAUUUGCGUUACGGCUAUCGUCGCGGCCGAUGCGAUAUUUGUGAUAUUUGUGCAGCACGUUUGCGGGCUAUUGAUUAUGACUGGAUCGCGAAUAGAACGAGCGAUACAAGAGGAAUAUUUCACCGGAAAUGACAAUCCUCCCAUUAUGAAAGACAAAGCGUAUCGAAAUAUGGUACAAUGUGUCCACGAUCAUAAAGCAGCUAUAAGUAUUACAUUUCCAUCGAUAUAUCCAAGGUUUGUCGAUCUUAUGGAACUCACGUAUUCUAAGCACUUUCUGUUCCAUGCUGGAUUGAAUAUGGUGGCUAUGAGCAUUACAGGUGUUGGGGCUGUGUCAAAAUCGGACGAUCCGUCUGAGCUUCUUAGACUAGUGGCAGUCUCGUGGGCAUUGCUAUUUCAUCUGUGCUUUGAAUGUAUGAAUGCUCAGAGAUUAAUAGAUUAUAGUGGAUAUCUUCACAUUAAUCUAAUAAACUUGAACUGGUAUGAUGCAUCGCCUAGAACUAGAAAGCUUAUUCUUUUUAUGAUGAUGAAAACUCAACCACCUUGCGUUUUAACGGCCGGUGGUAUGUUUGUUUUAUGCAUGGAAACAUUCGCGACGAUUGUGAAAACUGCUGUAUCGUAUUUCACUUUUCUACGUUCAGCCAAAUAAUGGAUCCUUCUUUUCGAAGCUUGAUGUGACGAUGAUAUCAAGAAACGG